AUGCAUGCAACUACAGCAGUGGCAGGAAGUGCAGAUUUGAUGAUGGCGUAUCCUCAUCGUGGAGAUGUUCCGAGCUACAACAUCACCUACAAAGAGCUUCUGGAAGACCCCUGCUACUGCAACAGCACAGACGUUGUUGUCGGUGAGAAGCCUGUAUACGUGACCUCGCCGGGGUUCCCAGAUUUAUACUGCCCCAACUUCCGUUGCAAAAGACGAUUUCUCCAUUCCACACGUGAAGACUUUCAUUAUAAUUUUGUCGUAACAGUACAUUUCCUCAGCACGGAAAAUGCUGACUUCCUUGAAUUCUCCUCGGGAGGACUCACAGUAGAAAGACUAAGUGGGACUCAUGAAAACGUGCGAUUGAUUAUCACUGACGACAUCUUGGAAACGGAAUUUGUCACCGACGCAGAGAUAGCACUACAUGGAUACAACAUGACCAUUCAAUCCAUCGGUAUUCCGACAGGUGCUCAGUUCUACUGUAAACUCACUUCGAUAGCU